AUAAAACCCAGACGAUGGUAGAGGGUUGGUAAAGAUGGCGGCGCUCUCCGUGGAUGGGAGGUAUGGACUGAAUUGUGGCCGACGGAAUACAGACCACGUCACUGUAUUGCACGUAAAAUUGACAGAGACAGCUUUCAGAGCAAUAGAAAAGUACCAAACCUCUAAGAAUGUAACGUCCUCGUGGCCAACAAUGCAAUUCAAGGGACUCCAAGGGCGUAUUAAGAUCCCAAGGACUGACUCUCCAGAUGGAUCUCAGAACUUUGACUUCUACCUGUCCACCGUGGGCAAGGACAACCCUCAGGGAAGCUUUGAGUGCAUCCAACAAUAUGUGUCCAGUUCGGGGACCCCGCACCUGGUGUCCUUGGGGGUGGUUCAAGACAAAGUCACGUUGUGUGCCACCAACGACUCCUACCAGGUGACUCGGGAGCUUAUGACGCUGGCUAAGGAGGAUGGAACCAAAGUCCUCAAGCAUGGAGGCCAUUUCAAAGGUAAGAAAGUCCAGAUCCGCAAGCCAGCGCCGUCAGGCUCUGAACCAGUCGCGGAGCGCAAACGCUCCACCCCCAUCAACCCAGCCAAGACCAUCCGCAAGUGCCUUGCCAACAACCUGGUUUCCCAGCGCCCAUACCGCGACCGCCUUGUCCACUUGCUGGCGUUGCGCUCCUACAAGAAGCUGGAGCUACUGGCCAGGAUGCAGCGGGACGGGGUCAGUCAGAAGGACCGCAGCUCUCUUGGGAGUACCCUGCAACAAGUGGCCAACCUGAACCCCAAAGAUAACUCGUACACUCUGAAGGACUUUGUGUACCGUGAGGUGCAGAGGGACUGGCUGGGCUACUCUGAGGACGACCGCGUUCAGGUCAAUGGGAUUCUGGCACGGAAACUGGGCCUUCCCACUGAGCCGCUUUCCUCCAGUGGUCCUCCUAAAAAUGGGUUCCCGGGUUCCCCACAGAAGUGCCAGCCCGAGUUACCGAGUCAUUUCACUGACCCCUUGAUGCCCAAGAAGCCCCGCAUUUCCCAUGUCACCAGCCAAGGGCCACCCACCACCCCCACCUCGUCCUCUAGAGUGCGCCGCAGCGCCACGAAGGGGGACAACAGCCACCACAGCGCCGCGCCCACCACCACUACCACCGCCAAACGCUCAUCUAUCCCAGCCAGGCCCACCACGGCUGGCCCGCCCCUCAACCACCUCCCCCAUCCCUCCCAGCUGCCCGUUUCUCACCGCCGUCGUAUGUCUCAUCACCCUGGCCUGGGCUCCAACUCCAGCUCGCCCAGCACGCCUGAGGGCCGUGGCACCCAGGACCUGCCCCUUGACCAGAGCUCAACCUGCCUGGACCCCUCCUCACCGAUAGCCAGCCCCCCAGGCAGGACCGCCGACUGCUAUGGCUCCGGCAUGCUGCCACCGGCAAGCUCCAGCCGCCCAGCCCUCACCAUCUCCUCUUCAUCAUCCUCUACCAUUAUCCCCCCUCCCUUGCCCAGCAGUAGCAAGAAGUCAAAGAAGCACAAAGGGAAGGACCGUGAGAAGGAGCGGUGUAGGGAGGGACACAGCAUCACAUGCGAUGGCGUCAGCCCCCCAGAGGUACAGGUUGAGGACGGCCAAAGGCCCAGGAAGAGACACCACGCCAACGGGGAGGAAAGACGAAGGCCAGUCAUCCCCGCCAAAAGCCUAUUCUGCUCAGACGAAGACAAUAAAAAGAGGCCAGUCCACUCCACAGACUCCUCCACCACUGUGAUGCCAGAUUACAUAUGUAAGUACAUGGCAGUGGUGUCCAUGGACCAGAGGCAGACUUACAAGGACAACUUCAAUGCAGAGUAUGAGGAGUACCGCAACCUGCAUGCCCGUGUGGAGAAGAUCACUCGCCACUUCACCCAGCUAGACGCUCAGUGCAGGAGGCUGCCGCCUGGCACCAAAGAGUACCAGGAGGUACAUGAAGACGUGAUGAAAGAGUACAACAAAAUGAGACUACACAGCCCAAACUACCAGGUGGAGAAGCAGCGCUGCGAGUACCUGCACAACAAGCUGGCCCACAUCAAGAGCCUCAUCGCUGACUUUGACCAGCGCAGUUCCCAAUCCUGGAGCUAGAGCAACAGUUUCAAGACCACACAGUUUUGAGGUGGUUUAAGGGGUGUGCGGAGCAAGGGGGUUUCAACUGGCUUUUAUUUAUUCAGACCCCCCCCUGUCUUUGCUGCCCCCCCCUCCCCCUUUCUCGUAAUGGUUUCUCCUGAAGCUCCUCUUCAGUUAUACAACACUGGUCUAGAGGAAGGGAACUACAUGCGUGUGGGGGUAGGGGGGAUACUUAACACUUCUAGCCUUUGAAGGACUUUAUCCAAAAAUUUAACUUAUUUUUGAAAGCAGAGAAAAUAUUAUACUUGUAUUUAAGUUUUUUAACAUUUUUUAUAUGUAUUUAUUUUGGACUGUUCAGGUAUGUGUGUGUGUGUGUGUGUGUGUGUGGUCCACACAUGAUUUGUUUAAAAAGUUUAUAUUUUCCGAAAGCAAUGCAAAAAACAUGGGCCUUAUGUGUUUGACUUUCUGAAGCCAUUUUGCACACGAGAGGAGAUUCCGAGUGGCGCAGUGGUCUAAGACAAUGAGUGCUAGAGGCGUCACUACAGACACUGGUUCAAUUCUAGGCUGUAUCGCAACUGGCCGUGAUUGAGUCCCAUAGGGCGGAGCCCAAUUGGCCCAGCGUCGUCCGGGUGUGGCCGGUGUAAGCCGUCAAUGUAAAUAAGAAUAUGUUAUUAACUGACUUGCCUAGUUAAAAAAAAGAAAAUCCAACGUAUCGUUCCAAUUGUCAGCAGUUGCUCAUCUUCCCUUCACCCUCUUCCUUCAUGGUGAAGUAGAUGGAGAGGAAUCCACUUUAGACCAUUGAGACGCAACACCAAUAUGGGUUGUAAGGGCCAUGGGGGGGGUGGUGUGUUACAUUUAGGAGGAUCAUACCCUGAUAGCAAGGGGUCAGUGUUUCUGCACUCUGUGCAAAAGGGUGCCUUAAGGUGUUAGUUUACAUGGGGGAAUUAUAACCACCUGGCUACAGGUCUCACACACCAGCAUGAGGUGUGUGUGUGUCUGUCUGUCGGAGGGGGGUGGUGUCAAAGAGGGAAUACAAAGGUCAGGGAGGUGUGUGUGGGCGGCUAUGUAAAAUGGGGAGAGUAAGAGAUUUGGGGGGGAACACGGGAGGGUGAGAAAAUAGCUAGGUUUCCAUCCAAUUCAUGACCGAUUUUCAUGGAAAUAUUAUAAAAUCGUCGGAUAAAAGUCUGCGUGAUGACGUAGUGCACAUUUAAAAAAAGUUAUUGGCUUCCAUCGCAUUUUCAACUACUGAUGGUUUUGUAAGAGAAAUGUUGCGUUUUAUAUAGCGACUGUGCCCACUGGCAGUGGCGUGCGCUCCAGCCAACAGCUCCAGGUACAGUGCUAGUAGGCUACCUACAUGAGAGCGUUUUUUAUUAUUUUAAUUUGUCAAAUGGCAGUCAAGCAUCUAUCAUUAUGUUACUAGAAUAGACCCUCAAUAUUUAUUGGAAAAGAGCAUCAAGCUCAUCACUGCACUUUCACCACCCUGUGAAGUAAAUACCUUAUUUAAUCUAUAGCAUAAGCUGUAUGCUUUCCUGAGGUGUAGUGGGAGGACCACAUGAUAUGAUUGUGUGACUCCCAAGUUUACAUCAAUGGUUAUUAUAGCAAUAUUUGUGCGUAAAGGCAACCGCAAUUUCUCGCAUCAUUAAUUUUAUUGAAACAAAAAGAUCCCACCUUGUCUAGUGUAUUUUUUUUGUCGACAUUUGGAAAGUUGACCGACAUAUAAGUUGUUGGAUAGAAAACAUGUUUAUGAAAAAGGGGGAAAAAGCUGCUGUAGUCUUUUGUUGUUUGACUAGCCAGAGCACUCAGGAUCAACCUGGCUAAAGUUCCUGUUUUUAAUUGGGGGGCUGUUCUAGAGUAGCCAAUCUCUGGAAGGACUAGAGCAUUGCCUCGCCAGUUUAUUUAAAGGAAAACAGGCUGUUCUGUUUGAUAAAUUCAUGCAUCCACCAGAGGACAAAUCUGUAUUACAAAGACAAAUGUAUUCUUUUCUCCUUGAUUCCAGUUUUGUCAGUGCAGCAGAACUAUGGAAGAACUGCGAAUAGCAUUUCUGUUUUAGUUUUUGAAUUCAACUCAUGCUGAUUUAGUUUGACAGACAGCUUAAUGCAUGGAUUAAGGAUGAAAAUGUCAUGUUAUCAUUAAUAAACAAGGUCUUGAGCUCAAGGGAAAUAUUAUGUUUACAAACCUGUGUUAGAAUGUUUGUCCCCAAAAAGUGAAAUACUGUUCUGGUAUAUAUCUACAUUACUGGUUCAGCCUUUAUGAGGCACUGAUACUGGAGACAGGAUAUAAAAUGUGUUCCCUGGAAGAUGACAUUUCUGUUUUGGGGUAGCAUUCUAGUACUUUUAAGUAACUUAAACUUACUUUUUAGUAACUUUUUUCUCUCUGCUUUCCAAUUGGGGGAGGGGGGGACAAAUCCAAAAUUAAAAGUAAGAAACUGAAGAUGAUGCACUCUUGCUGCAGAGACCUAUCCAAUGGAAGCCCCAAUGAUGUAAGGUCUGAUAGUACUGUCAUAUGAUUGGGGCUUCUGUUGGAUGGGUCUCUGCAGCAGAGGUAGUGUCACUUUUAAAAAAUAGGAAGGCCCUCUUCAGUCACAAUUCAAACUAUAUUCCAGUGUUACUACAUUUCAGUUUGAAAGUCAAACUGCAGGGACCAUGAGCUCAACAUGUUUUAGAGGGAUUUGUAGACAUCUCUGAAGCAUCUUGACACUCAUGAGUCCCAGCAGACUGCUACAGUACAGGGUCCACUCCCAGCAAAAUGGUGACUUUGUUGGAGUUCAGCAGUCUUACUGAGAAGUUGUAAAGGGCAAACAAGUGUUUAAAAGAUAUCUCAAUGUUUUGGUGUGAAAGAUGACUCGGAACUGUAUGGAUUGUGAAGGAGUACUGAACCUGCCCACCUGAAACUGCAUUAAAUCUGUAAAAUAAAAGUCAACUUGGCUUUA